GGGCUGCCAAAAUGAAAUCAUUGAGGUUGGAAAGGACGUUUAAAAUCGAGUCCAGGCACGUUGGGAGGAGGAGGGAGUUGGGUCCCUGAUGGCAUGAGGUAAAACCCCCCCAGCCCUGGGGAGGAGGAUGAACUGUCUGAGGUGCCCUGGUAGGUCCCACUGCCCUGCAAAGCCUGGCAUCCUGCUGGGCACACCUUUUCCCCUUGUCCAAGGGCUCCCUGUGAGUCACUCCCAGGCUCAAUCCUCUUAGUCCCUGAAGCCAGCUCAGCAUCCCCAGGGCUCUGAUGCUCAGACAGCCAAGGGCCAGCCUUGGCCAUGGCCCAGUCUGACCCAGUUCAGGACCCCAUGGAAAGGGCUCUUAGUCAAGAUGAGAUCAGUUUUGGUCACCUGUACACACUGAGAGUCAGUGACGUGUGCCUGAGUGCUGUGGGUAGGGUCACCUGUGUAUGAUGUGGAGGGUGACGGGCUCCAGACUGCAGUUCGCCAGUGCUAGGGAGAAACAUCUGAUGUUGUUUGGAGUCAGCAGGUGUUACAGGUUGCUUGCCGCUCUUCCCUCACAAUCCGUAGCCCCUGGGUGAUGGGCAGGACGCAGAUGGCACUGGUGUGUCCAUGUCCAUAUCCAUCCCCAGGACACUGAGAUGGGUGAUUUCCCCCAGGCCAUGUUAUCAUGUCUGCUGUUCCCUUCUUGGCACAUGGGCUCCAGCACUCUGGAGUUUGCCAGGCUGUCCCCACUUAUCACCUUGGCUGCCCCUACCUUUGUUCUCCAGUUUUUCCACUGGAGAACUUACUCACUUGCAGGGUUGUUUCCCAAUCAUUCUGUGCCAACAUUUGUCUCUGCUCUCCCAAACACCUUUUAAGAUAAAAUUGAAACAAAAUGCAUAUCUGAUGCUGGGAUAUGAGCAGGGGUGACCUGGUGCAGCAGAACUGGGAGGUGCUGGAGUGGAGCAGGGCUGAGCCUUGUUACUGAACCCCACCAGCACCUUUACCCCUCCCAGUCUAGCCUGUGCUGGGAAGGGUUUGGGCUUUCUCCAAAACUGCUGCUGGUCUGGGCUAAACCCUACACCCUCUCGGUGUGGAGAGAAUUGCUUUUGGAGGGAGUAUGGACUCUGCACCCCUCUGUAGGCUGCUCUGCACCGGGGAGGUGAUACUGGCUGCUGGGGUGACACGUGGCAGCCAUCUGGGAAGGUGACAGCCUCUUGCCAUGGGCUGCUUCACUGUGCAGCAGAGGGGACCCCGUGGGAGCCCCUGUGGCAGAGGCUGCAACCCCAUCCCUUCUGCCCAUCGUGUCCUGCUCCGAGGGUGCUGUGUCCUCUGGGAUCUCAACCCAUCUGCUCCAGGGAUCCAGAGCCUGCUGAGCAAUUUAACCCAGCCCAGGGGAUGGAGGAAAGACCUUGGGCAUCCCUCCCCAUCCUUGUCUUUGGGGGUUCUCCAGCUGCAGGUGACUCCCCACUCCCUGGGGGGCAGGGGUAGCAGUGGUGCUCCCAUAGGGGCAGGAUUUGGGGACCCUAACCCACAUUGGAGCCUACUGGUCACCCCCCAUGCUGAGGCAGCUGGGCUGUGCCUGGAUUAGCAGGUGCUAAGCUCCUCAGCAACACAGCUCUAUUGCCGGGUUAGUGGCACUGCCACCAGCCAUGGGGACACCACUGUCCCUGUGAGCUGCCAGCACUGAGGAGCUUUGUGGCCCCUGAUGCCACUUCCCUUAAGUCCCCUGUGUGGCAGAGGCUUUGGUGGCUUGGGCUGGGGGUGCAGGGAUAGCUUGCCAUGGCCCUGGCAGGGGGUAUCCCUGGCACCAGGGGGGCAUGGGGGCCACGGCACUUGCUGCAGGCCCCCCCCGAGGAGGACGGGGUGUUGUUCGUGGACUACAAGCCCCCCGCCCUGGACAGCAUCCGCCUGCCCCGCUAUGUCCUGUACCUGAUGAUGGCGGCAACACUGGUGCUGGUGGUGGCAUAUGCCAUCGUGGGGCACCUCAUCAAGGACCUGGUGCACGACUUUGCUGACUGGGCGUUUGGGCCCAAGCCAGAGGAGAAGGAGGGGAUGGCUGAGGGCACUGUGCUGGAGGCAGAGUGGCUGGAGAAGGACAAGGUGCUGGUGGAGCAGAAGGCAGAGGAUGAAGGCAGCGACAUCCUGCCCGGCACAGACAUCCCGCUGGGGUUGCUCAUUCCACGCAGCUCCAUCUCCUUUGCCGACUCCCCCAAGAAGAGGUUCUUCUAGGGCCAGAGGACACCCCUGCCCCCAGUAGGACCCUGUAGCCCUGCCUGACCAUUAGGUCGCAGCAUGGUUCUGGCCAUAGGCCAGCACUGGCACACAGCCUCCCCCUCCCUGCCCAGCCCAAACGCUGCUCUCGGGGCUCCUCUUGGACUGUCAUGCCAAUAAAGCCACCUGCCCCAGCCCUGCUUACCCCUUGGCCCAGCAUGGGGGGUAGCAGGGCUGGGACAUCCCAACCUUUUCCUGGAGCAGCAGCACCCCUUGGCACAGCCAUGCCACCCCUGGCACAUGGGUGUAUAAAAGCUUGGGGGUUCAAACCCAUGGUGUGGUGGCACAGCCCAUGGUGGCAGGGGGCAUGGACACAGGUGCACACAUGCACAUGGAAAUAUGGAUACACCCCUGGAUGGGCCAGUGCAGCAUGGGCACAUAGGUAGGGACAGACAGAUUGACAGCUGGAUGCUGAGGCUGGCUGUGCCCCCACCACCCCCUCAGUCCCCUGGCACUGCCAGACCAUGCUCAGUGGCCCCCACAGGUGGCCCCAAACCAGUCUUGGGAGACAAAGCACCCUGAAGCCUCGCUUGGGUUCUGGGUGGGGGCACUGAGGAUGGGGGCUAUUGUAUGGACAUGCACCCCUGUCUUAAACCCAAUCUGAAGAUGGAUCCUUGCGCCUCCAGUCUCAUUUGCCCCUUGAGAAAUUGCCACAGGCAGGAUGGUCCUGCUAAAGUUUGCAGUCCUCCCCUGGGGUGCUGCUGGCCACCCUCUGCCUCAAUUUUCCUUGUGCCCUGGUGGGUGGACACCCUGCCAUGGUCUCCCUGAGCUAACCCAGUAUUUCACUCUUGACAGUAUGCAGUUGGGGAGAGAGUUGACUCUCUCCCUGAGGAUAUGAUGGGGUCCCACCUGGGAUUAUCUGGGGCCAGCUGGCUCAUGCCCAGGCUGGUGGCAGCCUGGCAUUAUCCAUCCCUCCGUGCUGCCCCAUCCCCAUGGGAUCUGCCCCAGCCCUGACAGCAGGGAUAGGGGGAACCAGGCAGGGUGAGCACUUCUCCACCACAUCACCCAUCUGUUCUUCCACCUGUGCACCCACCCACCUGUCUGUCCCUCCCUCCAUCCAGCCACCUACCCUGGGAGUGGUCCCCGGUCAUGGGCACAGGGACGGCUGUCCUUCGUCACUGUGGUCUCGGAGGUGGUGACCACUGGGUACUGUGGGGUGCCGGUGCCUGAGCCAGGGGAGUGGCACCACCUCCCAGGGGUGACAGGAGCAAUGUUGCCAUGGUGCUUGGUGCCAUUUUAUCUUGGGGCCAAUAAAGGCGCCCAUUGCCCUGGGUGCAGAGUGCAGGGACAAUAGCAGCAUGGGACAGAAGCUCAGCUUCAGAAGCAGGAUCCAGACGCACCCCAGCCUUCCACCCAAAAAUGCCAAAGCCCUUGCAGCCCCUCUCGCUCCUGGUCCUGCUCAUCCUCGCUGCCACUGCCCAGGGACAGGCUGACACGGGCCCCAAGGUGCUGCAGCCAUGGCUCCUGGGCCUCACUGCCGUCGUCGUCUUCCUCUUCAUCGUCUUCGUGGUGCUGCUCGUUAACCGGCUCUGGAAUCUCAGGAGGCACAGGAAGGAGAACGACUACCCGGAGACCCUGGCGACUGACAGGCUGGAGCGCUCCGGCCACGUCAACCCGGCGGCCGAGGACUGCGAUGAGCUGAACGACAAGCAGCAGAGCAAGGCCACGUCCCUCUGAGUUCUCCCCGCCCCCCUCUGCCCGCUCCGGAGCACCUCCGACAGGCGCCUCACCCUCACCCCGUCCGUGGAUCCACGCCGGGUUUCGGCGACAGCCGUGGCCACCGUGGCACCUCCCGCCCCGCGGCCGCUCCGGCGGUGACCAAGACCCGGCGUGGAUCAGCCGCUCGCCGGAGCGGAGCGGGAAGGGCGGCGGCCGGGGAAGGCAGCGGGGGCUCCCCGUGUUCCCCAGCCCUGGGCCGGCGGGGGA